CCCCAUGCUAUAUAAAUACAAAUGUGAAACAGACACCCUCACACUGUUUCAGCACUUGCAGCUUAAAACUGAACAUCAUGAAGGUGCUUGUGGUGCUUGCACUGGCUGUAUUUACAGGUUGCCAGGCCAACUUGUUUUAUGCUGAUGAGCCCAAGCCACAGCUGGAGCAGCUGACAGAUGCUUUCUGGAGCUAUGUUGCAAAGGCAACUCAAACUGCAGAGGAAACCGUCAAGAUGAUCAGGUCUUCCCAACUGGGACAGGAAGUCAAUGCUAGGCUGACCCAGAGUGCCGAUAUGGCCAGCGAAUACGCCGUCACCCUCAAGAAACGAAUGGAUCCUCUGACUGAAGAGUUGAUGACCAAAAUCACCAAGGAGGCUGAAGUGUUGAGGGAGCGUCUGGUCCAGGACUUGACCAGCGUGAGAGACAAACUGGAGCCCUAUGGUGACAACCUCAAGAGCCAGAUCCAGCAGAGAGUUGAGGAGCUCAGGACGGCCAUGGCUCCAUAUGCAGACAUGGAUUCUGAGAGUCUGAAGGCCACUUUGCUUCAGAAGAGCGAGGAGCUCCGAGGAAACCUGGAGCAGAGCGUGAAGGAGCUGCAGGCUCAGCUGGAGCCGUACACUACUGACAUCAAGGAAAAAGUGGACCAGCGUCUCCAGGAGUUCCAGAAGACUGUGACCCCCCUGACUGAGGAUUUUCAGGCCCAGAUUAGAGAGAGAGCCCAGAUGGUCCAGCAGAGCCUCACACCAUACGCUGAAGACCUGAAGGAAAAGUUGAACCCCUAUGCACAGGACCUGCAGGCUCAGCUCACCGCUCUGUAUGAGUCCUUCACCAAGAGAAACUAGAUCCACAAAAAAAGACUUCUUUUGUCACUGUAUCAGAACUUUAACACUUGACAUAUUUGAUCUAUGUUUUCCCCCAUUUAUUCAUUCUACCAUACCGUACACUAUAGCAAAAAAGUAAAACUUUGAUAAUGUUUCAUUAAUUACUAUGCAAUAUCCAUCCUUUACAUUUGGAAAUUCUCUUUUUUUCUGUGUAAAGGUGGAUAUUUAUUUAGUGAAAACUAUUAUUUUGAAAGAAAAAUGUGUGAUAUUCAUAUGUUCUUUUAUUCCUGUUAGUAAGUUUAAAAAUGCACAUUGUAUCUCAUUUUAAUGAUGAAUAAAAUAUUAUUUAUUAACAUAA